UAUUAGUGAAAUAAAUAUAGACUGAUAUCAAAGUAUUGAUUUUUAUAAAAUUAAUUAUUCAAUAUUUUUAUUCCACAUUAUUAAGAUAAAGUACUAUAAUAAUUAUUAAAAUUCUUAAAAAAAUUCAUAAAUUAUUUUAACCAAGUUUGAAUCAAAUACAUCUCCCGCCAUUAAUUUAGUGUCCUGAAAAUGUCAUCUGUCAAAAUGUGUCAAAUUACAAACAACAUUGUCUUUAGUGAAUAAAAAUAAAUAGCGUGCAACAAUAAUUAUAGAAAUAAUGUUAAUUAAUGUGCAACACAUAAAGAAAUAAUAUGUAAUUUUAAAUAUAUUUCUUUUUUCAUAAAAGUAACCAUGUGCCAAACGUGAUAAAGUUAACCUCUCAGGGAAACCGUGACUUUUAUAUAAAUUUUUUAAAUAGUUUAGUUUAGAAAACAAAUAAAGAGAACAAAAAAUUAAGAAAGUAAAUGUAAAUAAUGAUUUGCAGUAAAUUUUAGAGCUUGUUCUCAGUUUUAGUGAUAAAAGUUAAAAUAGGUUAAGUUUGAAAUCUUAUAUAUAUAUAUAUAUAUUCAACCAUGAAAGAAGUGUUGAAUUCACAAUCUUCCUCGGGAUUUAGUAAUCAUUUUGCAAAUAAUAAUGGUGACACAAGUAAUGCAAGUUCCAAUAAUGUCGCGAAUGGUGAAAAUACUAGAAGAUAUGCUGUUUUAAGUACAGAAUGGGUUUCUGCAAUUGGCGAAGAAUUAGGAAUGCAUCCACUUCCAGAUCCUCUUCUUCGACGACUUGCUGAAGAUGCUUCUUAUCGUUUACGAGAUGUUUUGCACAAAUGCGUAACUAGACUUAGGCAUAGUAAACGAAGACGUUUAACUUCAAAUGAUGUGAAUGCAGUGUUUACAAAUUUAUGUGAUAUUGAUCCAAUAUUUGGAACUCCCGAGCAAAUGCCGGAAUAUCACACGGAAGCUGCGGUAUUUGUUCCUCAUGAGCACAUUAUAGAAUUACCGCAACAAGUUAAUAAUCCACAAAGAAUUGAACAAAUACUUCCUCCUUUACUACAGGAAACAGAAAUCGCCGAUGUUCGUCUUCGGGAAGCUCGUGAUAAUUAUGCAAAACGCGCAAUAAAAACAAUUUUUAAUGGUUCACAGAAAACAUUUCAGGUCCUCUUAAAUGACUGUGCGACUAAUGCUAAUUUAGGUGGUUAUGGGGUUGUGGAUAAAUUAAUGUCUAUUGCAAGGGCAAUGGUGAUUGCAAAUAGUACUCAUUACACUCGGAUUUCGAUGCGUACUUGUCAAUUGAUUAUAGCAGUCGCCAGCAACAGUGAAGCAGUUUAUCCCUACCAUUUAGUUUCUGUGGAUAAGUUAACAGAGUUGUUGAUAGAACUUCCUGAUGGUUACAUACACACAAAUAUGGAAGUCUUAUUUAAAGAAUGUGCUUUUAAAUUAAUGCUUCGUUGGCCUUCCGCAGCAGAUAAAUUUAUUCCAGUUUUGGAGGGAAUGCUUCGUCAAGAGGUGAAAGAUAGUUUUGAAUCAAGAAGAAAAAAAUUAAUGGCUAUGGAAUUGAUCGCAGGCGUUCAACCUUUAUUGUUCUUCCAACAAGAAAAUAAUUCACCGCUUUCUUUAGAAAAUGUUUUAUUAUUUGCGACACCUGCUUCCGUGUUGUGGCUUCGCAUAGCCAUUGCAGUUAGUGCUUUUGUCAAAACGGGUAAUCAGCCUUUUAAUUAUUCUGUGAUUUAUGAUCAUUAUGGCGACUCGAUAUUGUCGUAUAUGGUAACGAGAAAGGAGAAACAAGGAGAACGUAAGGAACCAGUAAAUCUGCCAAUGAUUGUAAGAAGUAAAAUUAAUACUGUUAAUGUUAGACCGAUUAGAUUUAAUAAAAUUUGCACGGAUAGACAUUCCGUUUUUCCCGAUUCGAUGUUGCAAGGGAGACAUGAAAUCAGAUUUGCAUUCGUUGGUGGAAUUCCUGUACCUCCAGACAAUCUUAAAAGAGCAAGUUUACGUGCUGAUUAUGAAUUUUUAAGAAGUGAAGUGCCUGCCACAGUCGCUCUUGUUGCGUCCAGAAGACUGCUUAUAUUUAAAAAUAAACGGAAAAAUUUUGCAAAUGCUUACAAUUUAGGAAAUAUUCAUCUUUAAAUUAGAAACAAAAAAAAAAAAACACAUGACAAUAGGUUCCUAAGAAAAAUGAAUAAUUAUUAAGACAAUUAUUUGAAAAUCAGAGACAGUCCUCGAGACCGUUUGGCAAUUCUGAUCUUGGCAAAUAAUGAGAAUUCGACAGGCAAGUAAGUCGAGUAUGGAA